UCCGCGUCUCCUUCUUUGUAGUUUUUCGGUCUUUCCUCCCCGUGUAGGCAAUAGAGGAUGUACUGACCUCCAACAAUAACUGCCACUACUCUCAUUCUCUCUACACAUAUAUAUAUACACCUGCUGGACCGUUCGGACUACAACAAAUUCACAUUCUUCUUCUUCUUCUUCUUCUUCGUCUGCCCUUAUGAGCUCCUAGAGCAAACGCACAGCAUACAUAAAUUCUGUAGGAAGAAACAAACAUACGGUGGCUGCAGCGUGGCUAACUAGCUGGCACCAUGACUGUUGCUUCUCAAUAUUCUUGCAGGGUGAUGAGGAGGAAAAAGACUCGAGCACUCGGAAUUCCCAGGAUUGAUCUGUCGCUGCUUCCUCUGGACAGGUCUAAGCUGUCCAAAUUAAUAGUCGAGGCUUGUGAAGAGUUUGGCUUCUUCACCGUCGCCAACCACGGGAUUCCCAAUCAUAUAAUCGCAAGGAUGGAAAGGGAAGGCGUCGAGUUUUUUGCUAAGCCCGCGUCGGAGAAGCAGAGAGCCGGACCUCCUACCCCGUUCGGUUACGGUUGCAAGAAUAUUGGAUUCAACGGGGACAAGGGUGAACUCGAGUAUAUUCUCAUGGAGGCCAAUCCUGCUUCCGUCCGCCAAAGAUCCAACACCAUUGCCGAUCACCCUAAACACUUCAGCUGUUCAGUGAAUGAAUACAUAGGAGCAGUGAGGAAGCUGGCAUGUGAGAUCCUGGAAUUAGCGGCGGAAGGCCUGUGGGUCCCCGACAAGUCCGUAUUCAGUAAACUCAUCCAAGAUGUCAACAGCGACUCCUGCUUCCGGAUCAAUCACUAUCCUCCAAGUACAACCACCACCACCACCACCACCAGUACUAGUCCCUUCUCAAACCCAAAGUCUCCCAAUUCUCCUCCUCCUCGCGUUGGAUUCGGAGAGCACUCUGACCCCCAGAUUUUGACCAUCUUGAGAUCUAACGACGUUCCAGGCCUCCAGAUUUGCUGCACCCCUGCUAAUGAUGACGAUGAUGACGAUGAUGAUGAGGAUGAAGGCCUCUGGAUUUCGGUUCCCCCUGACCCCUCCCAGUUCUGCGUUUUCGUAGGCGAUGCUUUCCAGGCCCUGACCAAUGGAAGGUUUAGGAGCGUCAGGCAUCGGGUUCUGGCAAACUCGGCUAAACCCAGAAUGUCCACCAUCUUUUUCGGUGCCCCGCCCCUGAAUGCCUGCAUUUCUCCUCUUCCCCACCUCGUUUCCCACCAUAGCCCCAACCUGUAUAGGCCUUUCACGUGGGGAGAAUUCAAGAAAGCUGUGUAUUCCACCCGUUUGGCGGAUCACCGGCUUGAUCUAUUCAAGUGCCCUUAAUACACUACUCAGUUUUCCACCCCAAUUUUUUUUCUUUUCUUCCUAGGGAGGUUUUUUACUGCGAUUAAAUUCUUUCUUCCCGCUGUUUAAGUUUAUCCAAUUGAUCUGCCCCUCCUGACAUAUCCAACCAACUCACCCAGUCUGUAAAUUGCAUGGGGAAAUUUUGCUUUCUGGGCUUUCCCUUCUGACUUUUUCGCAACGUUCCCAGUUCCACCCUCAAAAUAGUUGGUGCUUCAUCUAAAUCUUUUCCGAUCCAUAGCAUUAUGCAGCAGUUAGCUGCUGAGAGCAUCACUGAUCCAUAAUCUCGAAAUCAUGCUAGCUGGUCUCUUUUGUACUGAUGGAGCAGGGUUGAAUAUCAAUGCAUGCUGCCAUGUCUACAAGUCAUGAAUAGAAGUUUUAUAU